GCAAUGGCGAGAUAGAGCCGUACAUCAAAUCAAGACAGCUAAUAUUGGCCCAAAACCUUCUGUUUUAUAAUAACCGUGGAAUAGCUAACUUUAUUAGAAAUCCUUUUUUCUGUCUAUUUCUUUCUUUUUCUUUCCUUUUUUUUUUUUCUUUACAUAUAUAUUGUCUAAUUUUAAAAUGUCAACAUUGACAGAUGCCAAAGUAGAUGAUAAACCACGUUUAGUUUUACGAACUUACAAAGCAAGUGAUCAUGACCAAGUUGAUCAUUUAUUUUAUAGUACUUAUUUUACACUUGUUCCAGAAGGUGUUAAAAACAAACUCAAGUCACCUCUAUUUUGGGUCAUUUGGUUUGCUGCUUAUGCAUAUUUAUUAGCUAUUGUUCCUAUCCUCUUGGCUGGACUUAACUGGCCAUCAUGGACCUACAUAGCUCUGAAACUCUUUUUAACUUUUGCAUGGUCUAUUGUUUCCUUUGCCUCCGUCUUUGUUAUUACAGACCGCUUCGAAGUUGUAGACAAAGUCGAACAAGCACGACAAAACGACCUUAGCGAUCCCGAAAUAUAUUAUCUUAACUGGACAAAACAAGAAAUUGAAGUUAAAGAUGAUGAUAAUCAAAUUAAGACGACAAUGACGACGACAACAACGACGAAUACUACUACAUCCAAUAAUAAUAAUAACCCAAACAAAAAGCGUGUUACAUUUGAUAAGAAUGCAAAGCCCGCAACAGAACUCAUUCGUAUUCAAAGACCCUUGGAGGAACAAACACCUUCUCAUUUCUGGGUAUUGACAUUAGAUAAUAAACCUUGUGGUAUGGUUGGUUUAGCUCAUUAUCGUGAACGUAUCUUGUCAAAUCGCCCCUUGCAGCCACCUGCUUGGAAGUUAUUGUUGGCAGCAGCAUGUCAAAGGUAUCAUUUGCCUUUGCCUGUUUGGUUGAGAGAUCUUCAGGGUCAAAUGCCGACUCCUGUCUUUGCAGAACCACAUGAACCCAAGGUGGCUACAUUACAACGUUUAGCAGUACGAACCGAUUAUCAGGGCUGUGGUCUGUCGACGUUGUUGAUUGAUCGUGUCAUGUCUUGGGCUGAUGAACAUGGGCUUGAACGUGUAGAGGCAAAUACGAAUGAAUUAGAAAGUCAGGCUGCGAAUAUUUUACGUCUGAAGCAUGGAUUCAAGUUGAUUAAAAAAGUGAAGAAAGGAUGGUUUGGACAAUAUGAAAAGACUUGGUCUUGCGAUGUAAAAGAAUGGAUGAAGGCACAUGAACUAGGUGCAAGUACUUAUAUAAAAAAAAAGAAUGAUAGAUAGUGAAUAGCAAUAAUAUGAUAAGAUAGAUUUUUUUUUUACAGCGUAUACAUAUAUAAAAUAACUGUUUUUAUUAGUAUUAUUAUUAUCAGUAUAUUAUUAUCAUUAUUAUUAGUAUUAUUAGUAUUAGUAUUCUACAAAGUAUAACAUUAAAUAUUAAUUAUAGUAAAUAUGUACAAAGUAAAGCCUCCUCCCCUCAAAAUAAAACUAUGUAUUAGAUUAAGUCUUCUUUUUUUUCUUUUGAACAGAAUCCAUUGCUAUUGCAAGACU